AUGAUCACAUUGCUCGAUCAAACCUUAGCCAAACUGAGCAUCUGCGCUUUGUAUCUUCGGCUGUUUGGCGUCAAGCGGAGCAAUAGGAUCUGGGUAUACAUUCUCGCUGCUCUACAGAUAUUGAGCUACCUCGUUCUUGUUAUACUGCAACCACUACAAUGCAGGCCGAUUAACAAAUUCUGGCAAUACUGGGCCGAGGGAGAGUGCCUAUCAUUUUCAGUCAUUCUCGCUGCCGUUGAGCCGCUCAAUUCUGUUAUCGAUUUCGCCCUCGUCAUUCUGGCUAUCUUUAUGAUCCGGUCGCUCAAAAUGAAAGUGGAUGCGAAAUGGAAGUUGUGCUUUCUUUUCGGUCUUGGGAGUUUAGCUGGGAUAUUUGGAUUCGUUAAGAUGGGUCUUUCAUAUGACUACAAGCCAGAAACAAUUGUCGUAUUGGGACUCUGGGCUGUGGUUCAAUCCGUCGCAGGCAUCAUCUGCUGCUGCGCACCUGUGUUCAGGCCGAUGCCAAUAGUAACUAUAGCCUGGGACGGUAUCAGAUCUAAGCUCAGCAACUAUAGUCUUAGAAGCCUACUCACGAGCAAGUCUAACACUGUUGGUGCUAGUGGGGUUGGAUCUGGCUACGUUCAUGAGGCGGGGAGUUCUCAUACGCAAGAGGAGGACUUACUGCGCUAUGAUAGAGGGCAUAACAGAUGGGUAAUCACCAGUGAUUCUGGUGAUCCAACUACUCCCAACAGGUAUCCCAUGGAGUUUAUCCAGGUAAAGAAAAGUGUGGAUGUGGUAUAA